CUUUCUGUUUUCCUCGUUAGAUAAACAAAGGGAGGUCUUGUUAAACGGGGUUGGGGGGGCUCGGUUACUAAGAGGCUGCAACAAAGCUUCACUUCCUGGAGGACUUCCUGUGAGCAGACGCUCAAUGAGGCUUUGUUAUCACACCAGCUGGGGGAGUCUGGACCUGUACCGGGGGGUGAACGGCCAAUAAUACAGUUUUUAUCAUUUUUAUACCAUUAUAUAAAUCGUCAUUUAUUUUUUACCUUAAUUUAUACAUUUUUGUAUAUUUUUGUAACCUUUUUAUAUUCUAUUAUUCAAUGACCUUUUUGUUGUAUGUAUUUCUCAUUGUUCCUCCGUAGUUGAAAUGAUAGAGUUUGAUUAGUGACUUAGUCCCGCCCCUAAAUCCCUUUGAUGUGACAGGUGUCAGUGCACCUGUUGUAGUGCUCCCUAAUAAACCAUGGUCUUUGUUUGUUUAGCUGUUUAUUGUUUCAUUGCCCCCUACGCUAUCCUUUCAACUACUAACCUAACCAUUGAAUUCAUUCAUUAUUAUUCUGUGUGUCCCACAUUAAAUCCUCCCUCUCUCAGACGUAUUCUUGUCCCUCCUGAGCCACCCUACAGCUCCUCCUCUCCCCCCUCCCUCCAUUAUAAGCCCUCCCGUCCUCUCUCUCUGACUCUCUGACUCCUGACGGAUCGUACCAUGCAGCUGGACGUUGUGGGGGUGUUCUCUCCUGACCUGUGGGGUUUCCUCCUGCUCCUGGGGGCCUCUCUGCUCUCUCUCACCUCCCUAUUGGCCCCCUGGCUCUCUCUGGCCACCGACCUGCUGCCAGCUGAGAGGUUUGACCUGUCUCUGUGGGGGGGCUGUGUGGUUCACAACGGGGGGCCCCUGCAGUGCCGGCCGCACCCCGGGCUCCUGGCCCUGCCCCCCCACCUGCUGUGGGCCCGGGUCCUCACAGGGGCCUCGCUGGGCUUCAGUCUGCUGGCUCUGCUGCUGACGGCCCCCGGACUACAAGUGGUUCACAGCUGGGGGUCCCGUCAGAAGAGGGUCCUGCUGGGUGUUGGGGGGGCCCUCAGCCUGGUGGCAGGGCUCCUGGUUCUGGUCCCGGUGUCUCACGUUGCCCGCCUUGCUUUCCUGAGCCGGUUCGACCCCUCACUGCCCCCCGUGGCCCCCCGCUGGGAGAAGGGAGGGGCGCUGUACAGUGGCUGGGUGGCGGCUGGGAUGCACCUGGGAGCCGGAGCCCUACUCAUAGCUACCUGUUACCGUCAGAGGGGGGGCGCACCGGAGACAGACCCCCGAGGGGCUCCCCACCCCCCAGGGGCCCCCGUCAGGAGGACAGAGAGGGUCUGAACUACAGCUUUCAGGAGGUCGGAACACGACUGACCACCGACUGAAACCACAAUUGAACUGCGGCUGAACUACAACUGAACUGCGGCCGAACUGCGGCUGAACUACAACUGAACUGCGGCCGAACUGCGGCUGAACUACAACUGAACUGCGGCCGAACUACGGCUGA